GUAGAUCUGUGCAUUGAUAUUAGCCCAAUACGUUCAAUUUUAUAAACCAAGGAAAGAAUGUCUUCCCUGAAGGCUUGCACCGCCUCCUCCAGCGUCCUGCGCUCUGGCGCGGGAGCGCGCGCGAGCGGUCGCCGUGUCAGCUGCAUUGUGACUCGCGCGGCUGAGCCGAAGCAGGGUGAGGCCAGCACCAUCACGCCCCCGCCUAGCAACGAGAAGCCCACCGUGGUGCGGGAGUUCACCAGCCACGGCGCGCGCAUCAUCGAGAGCGAUGCGCGCCUGGUGGGCCCGGAGGACCAGCCAGACCUGUUCGAGGGCGAGAACAUGGAGACUCUGGGCAAGGUCAUGGAGCGCUUCUUCCUGCCUGGCCUCAUUGUCCUGGGGCUCAUCUGCGGAGGCAUCGCCGCGCGGUCAUACAACGACGAGGCCGAUGUGUUCAUCGCGCCUCCCACCAGCCCCGACGCCGACAUUGUGAUCAUCCCCGCGGGAGCCCUGCAGUCGACUCCCACUCAGGCGCAGGCACCGUCCGUCAACUAGGCGGAUUGCCAGUGCGUGACUGCUUGUGGCUUUGGGAGUACUGUGUCACAUGUGGAGACACUUGGGGCAGGAAAAGUGUCGACGUGUGAGUGGCCGGUGCUUAGUAUGGGAGCUAUGUGAAGGGCGAAGGGACCGCGGGAGGAGGGAGCUGCGACGGCGAGAGCCAGGUGUAGAAAGAUUGACAGCGAAGCUUGGGUUGGGAUCAGAGCUUAGGAGCUCGAGGGUUGCCGCCAUAACGAGAGCAUGCGUGCUGGCAGGGAUGUCGUUGCACGUGUCGUGGAUUUGCUCCGCCGCAAUGCAACGGUGGCAUGACGCCUCACGACCGUCAUCAGGCAGGCCGCAAGCCGGCGCAUGCAGACUGAGAACAGCGUGGCGUUGAUUGACUGAACUGGCAAUGGACUCUCAGGAAUGGAGGUAGCGGCAGACAUUUGGGAUGCAAAGACGCGGCUGUACCGUUCUACAUAGGAGGGGAGGGUGCUCCCGGAUUGCCAGCGGGGGAACGACUGGUGAAUCGACGCAUACGGUGCACUGUAACUGGCUGGAUGCCAUGAGAAUCUG